ACGUGGUCGAGUCCAAGCGAAACCUGCGGUUUAAUGUUACAGAAAUGGGAGAAACAAGAAGGGGGUAAGGAAGCAACGAGAACAAGGUGAUUCUGCGUUCAUACAAGGUUUGCAUUCUGACCUGCAAGCCAAUGUAAGUCGUGUUGAGUGACUGCAUGUGAAAGAGGGACCAUCACCAUCCUCAUGUCCUAUGGAGGAGGCUUUCAUGGACGCACUGAGCGUGUCCGCCAGGCGCCCCAGUAUGACGAGGUUGCACAAGAGUUCUUACCCCACUCAGAGUCCUACGACCUGCACCCCCUAAGGGAGCAGAAAGCCCCUCAUCUGGCAAAGAGCGCGGACCCACUUCCUCCUCCGCCUCUGCCAGAACAGCCACCUGUUGGUCGAGAGUUUGAUCGUAGCGGCAGUGAGGAAGACGCCGGCCCAGAACCGGACCCUGCCAUCGACAUCAAGCCCGUCCACCGGUUCAUCCCUGACUCCUGGAAAAACUUCUUUAGAGGAAGCAACCGCAGCAGCAAGAAGGCCUGGUCCAUGCCUGAAUCCUCUUCCAACAACAACAACAGCACCUCUGACGGGGUGCGUUGUUCUCCCCCACACUCCCCCUCUCUUCCUGGGUCAUACCGGGAUCCUUACGGUGGCUCCGGUGGCAGCUACAACUCCCGCAAGGAGCUUUUAGACGUACAGGACGCCCAUGGGUCUGUGUCCGGGCAUACACACCACACAGCCCUGACCUACAGCGAGCGGGUAGAGGAGUACCACCAGCGCUAUGGCUACAUGAAGUCGUGGGCGGGGCUACUGAGGAUUCUGGGAUGCGUGGAGCUGCUACUGGGAGCAGCUGUGUUCGCCUGCGUCUGCGCUUACAUUCACAAAGACAAUGAGUGGUUCAACAUGUUUGGGUACUCUUCUCCUGGAGGAACAUAUGGAGGAGGUUAUAAUGGUGCUGGAUUGGGUGGAAUGUACUACACUGGACCCAAGACCCCAUUUGUGUUGGUGGUGGCGGGACUGGCCUGGUUGGUGACUGUGAUCCUGCUGGUACUGGGGAUGACCAUGUACUACCGCACCAUCCUGCUGGACUCUAACUGGUGGCCCCUGACUGAGUUUGUCUUAAACCUGGCUCUGGCAGUGCUGUACAUGGCAGCAGGCAUCAUCUAUGUCAGGGACACUAUUCGUGGAGGGCUCUGCUACUACCCGGUCUUCAACAACGGUAUCAAUGGAGCCUUCUGCAGGACAGAGGCCGGCCAGACCGCAGCCAUCAUCUUCCUGUUUGUCACUAUGACCACGUACCUGAUUGGGGCCAUUGUUUGUCUCAAGCUGUGGAGGCAUGAGGCCGCCCGCAGGUACCAGGAGAAGUACGGCCAGGAGAUGCAGCCUUCUGAAAUGCGCGCCGUGCGGUCACUCAGGGUUCCAGAUUCUGCUCCAGCUCCCAGAUUGUCAGAGCAAGUCCAAGGCUCCUCAGUCGUUCCCAUCCAAGCUGCGCCGAAAGCACUUCCUCCAAAGGUUAUGCAAGGAGCAAUACCAUCGGGACAUAUCCCAAAGCCUAUCAUUGUGCCGGAUUAUAUUGCGAAGUACCCACCGAUCCGGUCUGAUGAAGGCCGGGACCAGUACCGAGCCGUGUUCAACGACCAGUACGCAGAGUACAAAGAGCUCCACGCGGACGUGCAGGUCACAGUGAAGAAGUUUGAUGAGAUGGACGCCAUGAUGCGCAGCCUGCCUCAGCAACCCACCACCCAAACGGAGGUGGAUCGCAUCAACAGAAUCAUGCAGGAGUAUCAGAAGAAAAAAAAUGACCCGGCUUUCCUGGAGAAGAAGGAGCGAUGUGAGUAUCUGAAGAGCAAACUGUCGCACAUCAAACAGAGGAUACAGGAAUAUGACAAAGUCAUAGAGUGGAACGACGGAUACAGCUAAAGCUUGGCAUGAAUACGGAGCUGCUCCUUCCUAGCAGAACACCACUAGUGGUGAAAAAUGGCACUAAUGUGGCAAACGAAGCCUAAUUAGAACUGAAAAGGGGUUUACCAGCUACUGAGUUUUUUUCAUCUGUUGUCUUUUAGGACGUCUGUAAGCAUUUUUCAAAGCUCACAAGUAGGAAAUUAGAAGGGCAAACAUGUAUGAUGAUUUCUGAAGACGAUCAGAUUUGUUUUCAUGCGUGUAGGCAGCUGGUCGGCAUGGCUGCAUUGCAUAUAGUAGUAAACAAAAUCUCCAUAUCA